AGCGCGGCCCGAGGAAAUUUUCUCUUACACGCCCUCUGCUGUAGGCUCCGGUUUUCUACCCAUCUUCUCCAUUUUACUAGUCCCUGCAGCCCCGCCCCCAGGGCCAGCCGGAGCGGCCGCGCAGACUACGACAGGGACGGCGACGUGCUUGCGCGCGUGUUGUGGUGGGCGUGGCCAGGCUCGGAAGGCGUGAGGAACGUGCUCCCCGUGAGGACUCCGGAGUCCUUUGUCGCCUCUCCCUACCUCGGUGUACCUGUAGCAGCAGACUUCCUCUUUUCUUUACUCGUUUUGGGGAUUUCACUGAAAUAUUAUUUGAAGAAAAUAUGGAAGUUCUGCGCCCACAGCUUAUUAGAAUUGGUGGACGGAUUUAUAGGAAGAAUCCUAUUCAAGAACAGGCUUAUCAACAUGAAGAAGAGGAUGAAGACUUCUAUCAAGGCUUCAUGGAGUGUGCCGAAGAGCCAUGUGAUGGCUAUGAGGUGGUACAGACCCAGCAAGGUUUCCAGUGUACUGUGAAGGCCCCCAGCCUGCUUUACAAGCAUAUAGUUGGAAAGAGAGGGGACACUAGGAAGAAGCUAGAAGUGGAGACCAAAACUUCUAUUAGUAUUCCUAAGCCUGGACAAGAAGGAGAAAUUGUAAUCACUGGCCAGCAUCGAAGUGGUGUAAUUUCAGCCCGAACUCGGAUUGAUGUUCUUUUGCUGACUUUUAGAAGAAAGCAGCCCUUCACUCACUUUCUUGCCUUUUUCCUCAAUGAAGUUGAAGUUCAGGAACGAUUCCUAAAGUUCCAGGAGGAAGUACUGGAGAAGUGCUCUAUGGAUCAUGGAGUUGAUAGCAGCAUUUUCCAGAAUCCCAAGAAACUUCAUCUAACUAUAGGGAUGUUAGUGCUUUUGAGUGAGCAAGAGAUCCAGCAGACAUGUGAGAUGCUACAGCAGUGUAAAAAUGAAUUCAUUGAUGACAUUGCUGGGGGCAAACCCCUGGAAGUAGAAAUGGAAGGGAUAGAAUACAUGAACGAUGAUCCUGGCAUGGUCGAUGUUCUUUAUGCCAAAGUCCAUAUGAAAGAUGGUUCCAACAGGCUGCAGGAAUUAGUUGAUCGAGUGCUGGAACGUUUUCAGGCAUCUGGACUAAUAGUGAAAGAAUGGAAUAGUGUGAAACUACAUGCUACAGUCAUGAAUACUCUAUUCAGGAAAGACCCCAAUGCUGAAGGCAGGUACAAUCUCUACACAGCGGAUGGCAAAUAUAUCUUCAAGGAAAGAGAAUCAUUUGAUGGCAGAAACAUUUUAAAGCUAUUUGAGAACUUUUAUUUUGGUACUCUAAAGCUCAAUUCAAUACACAUCUCUCAGAGAUUCUCAGUAGACAGCUUUGGAAAUUAUGCCUCCUGUGGACAAAUUGACUUCUCCUGAGGGCAGCAGCGUAGAAACAAUGGUGAUACGUGCAUAGUUCCCUGGGAAAAUGUCAGCUGCAGACGGUAGUCCUUCCUUGCCACAGACCAACAGAGGAAAAGAGCUUCUGGUACAGCUUUUCCCCACCCAUCAGUCCUGCCGCUGCUCUGCUUCCAGGGAGCUCCAGCCUCGCUGUCACCUUUCUUCUCCCCCUCCUCACAUCCUUUCUUCCCCCACAUCCUCUCUUUCUUUCUCUCUCCUUCAUUCCUUGUUCUUAUCUUGAUUCUUACGUUCUGUUUAAGAAGUUUGAUUCUCAACACUUGUGUUAAGGUCACUACAUAGUGAGAGCUGUAUAUAACACUCAGAUUUGUUUAUCAUUGUGACUGCACAGAGCAUUUGUGAAUAAAUGAAUUUUCAAAGGAA